AUGUGCGUAUCUCGGCUGGUUUUGCUGCUGGGGCUGCUUCUAUGUGUGGGGGCUCAGCUGUCCAACGCCCAGCACUGGUCCCAUGGUUGGUACCCCGGAGGCAAGAGGGAGCUGGACUCUUUCAGCACGUCAGAGAUUUCAGAGGAGAUUAAGCUGUGCGAGGCAGGGGAAUGCAGCUACUUGAGACCCCAGAGGAGGAGCAUUCUCAGAAACAUUCUUUUGGAUGCCAUAGCUAGAGAGCUCCAGAAGAGAAAGUGA